UUAAAUGAUAUUUUUUCAUAUUACAUAUAAUAUGCCCUAUAUUUUAACCUAUAUUAGUGGUGUAAAUUAUAAGAAGGUACUAAAAUUGGCACAAAAUAUCAUCUCUCACCACACAUACCUACACAAAUGUUGAGAAUAAUAUUUUUGUACCUAGUUAAAAAUUAUAAUUUAUAUCUACUUGCCUAUUUAACAAAUUGACUGAUGUGAUUAUCAUACCCGGAGAUCACAUGGUUGUAGUUUGUUCCCUAGGGUUAAAUAUUUUAAGUCCGUUUAUUCAGUUCACUGAAUGUGAUUUGAAUACCGCUGUAUGUAGGAUAUAGCUUGGUUCCUACUCAAUUUUUUUUUUUUAAUAAUUUACAGCACAGAGUACCUACUAUUAUUGGUAUUCAAUCUUAUGACUAUAUGGUAGAUACCUACCUACUCAUGGCAUUUGAGGACAAUUCUAUUAAAAUACUAUGAUGAAAGUAAAUUUGUAAAUUUUUUCCUUGAACUCAUAAUUAUUUAUUUCAAACCAUUAUUCAAAUUUGUAAAAUAAUCUACGAUCAUUCGGGUUUCAGAUUAACCAGGAUUUUAUAUUGGGUUGUUUUGCUAUAACACAAAUUCGAAUUGUAUGGGUUUCGGGUGUUUGAUUUUUUUUUAUUAAGUGUUUUGAAGGUUGUUAUUAAUAUACAUACUUAAGCUGUGUUGUGCAGUAGCCAGUAGUUGUAGACACGAUUAUAGGUAUAACAAGUAGGACGUAGGUAAAUAUAAUCAUACAUUUCAUAACCUACCACCUAAAAGGCCCAUUAUACAACUACUGUUGUGUCUGUUUCACUUAUCGAAUUUAACGAUUGUCAUCAUUGGUAAAAUGAUAUUAUAUUAAUUGUAUUUACUAGGUACGUGUUUUUUGAUCGCUAUGCAGAUAAAACUGUAUUGAGCGCCACUUCGACGAUACAAUGGACGCGGGUAAUAAACGACAUGCUAUUAUAACCCAUAUACAUAAUUAUUAUAUAGUGAAUAAUAAUAGUAGGUGUCUGAAAAAAACAAUGUAUUAUUUUACGAUAAUACACAAUAUCGUAGUCUGAUUAUGUGUCCGAGCACUCAUAUACUUUCGUUCGGUUCGACAAUGUAAUGUGCGUGUGUUUCGUAAUUUCGUUCGCGGCCCGAUGACCAUGUUCGACGACGAGUACAAUUCCGGACCUGUGUAUCUGAAGCAUAGAAAUUUCGACGAUGGACGGCAGCAGCCUCAACAGAUGAGUGCAACGAAGCUGGCCGAUUUGGCGUUCAAUUCGAAAGUCAACAAAGGAAAGGAUAUCAGUAAACUUGAAAUACAAGACGAUUUUGGCAUUCCGGUAAACUAUGUAAGAAUUAAAGCGUUGGAAGAUGGUAUACGGAUGAACAUAGUUAGUGACAAAAAUUCAUUACACAGAGCCAUCACUCCAGUACUAAUUCUGGCGCAAAUGUGCGCUCUUUUACCUGUUCAAGGCAUUCGAGGGAAAAAUACUAGUUAUUUAGUAUUCAAUUGGUUCAGCUGGCCAGUUAUCUAUGUCUUCAUUAUAAUUGCAGCGUCUCUCUUAAUUCUUUCAUUUUCACUCAUCAAAAUAUAUAUGACUGGACUAACGUAUUACAGCACGGGAGAAAUAAUGUUUUUUGGAAGUUCCCUGGUAAUUUACAUCCUAUUUAUUCACUUGGCAAGAGAAUGGCCAAAAGUUAUGAAAAAAUGGGAACUAACGGAACGUGAAAUGAGACAAUUUGGUUACCCAUCCAAAACGGCUUUGAAGUUCAAAAUACUUACAAGUAUCAUAAUGGUGCUUGCUAUAGUUGAACACUCUGCUUCCGUUUUAACAGGAAUUAUGAAAGCAAUUCCUUGUUCGACGGGUGGAUUGGAUAUUUUCCGAGCUUACUUCUCUAUGUCUUUUCGACAAGUUUUUACAUUGAUUAAUUAUUCACUCAUAAUUGCUAUACCUUUGGGGUUUUUAAAUCUUAUGCUUGCUUGCGCUUGGAAUUAUAUGGAUUUAUUUAUUAUCAUACUAGCAUGUGCGUUGUCCGAUAAAUUUAAGCAGCUCAAUCAAAAACUGGUCAGUGUCAAAGGAAAGGUACUUCCAAGUACGUAUUGGCGGAAAUCCAGAGAAACAUAUAACCUAUUAGCGGCGUUAACUCAAGAUUUGGAUGAGUUUUUGUCACCGGUGAUACUAUUAUCAUUUGCUAACAAUUUGUACUUUAUUUGCUUACAGCUUCUAAAUAGUUUAAAACCAAUGCAUAACGUUUGGGAGGCUGUUUACUUCGUCUUUUCAUUUACAUAUUUGGUUGGAAGAACAUGUGCUGUAUCUUUGUAUGCUGCUUCCAUAAACGAUCAAAGCAAAAAACCGAAAUCCAUCCUAUUUGCUGUGCCAACCGAAAGUUAUGGAGUGGAGGUGGCAAGAUUCUUAACACAAGUGACAUCUGAUGAAUUAGCAUUGACUGGAUGCAAUUUUUUUUCUGUUACUAGAACAUUAAUGCUAACGGUUGCUGGAACAAUUGUCACAUACGAGAUCGUAUUAAUACAAUUCAACAGUGUAAAUGGUGAAGGAAACGGUCAAAAUAAUACUACUAAUUACUGUCCAUAAUUAUUGGAAGUUAUAUCGAGUACCUACUUUUAAAUAUUCAGGGAAAAAAUUGUAUGAACUAUUACAAGUAGUAUUGUUAAG